CUCCACGCUCCAAGUGUCAACCCCCCCAAGUUCGAAGAAUCCUAUGAUGAUGCAAUCAUGCAAAUUACAAAUACCCUCCUCGCUCAUCAUCUCCUAAACCUCGCCAUCUUUCAUUCUCUGCUAACCUACAACACUUCCACAGCGUACCAGAGCUUCUAUAUAUGCCUUCCACCCACAUGGUGCCAAGCAUAACUGCAGUUCCUGUGGAGGGGGAAAUGGAGGCAUUUGUGGAGGUUGAUCUGUCGGGCAGAUUCGGGCGAUACAAUGAGCUUCUAGGGUGUGGAGCUGUGAAAAAAGUGUACAGAGCGUUUGAUCAAGAAGAGGGGAUUGAAGUGGCAUGGAACCAGGUGAAGCUGUGCAACUUCAUUGAUAAUGAGCCAGCGCUUGACCGGUUGUUUUCUGAGGUUCGCCUUCUGAAGGCGCUGAAGAACAAGAACAUAAUUGCAUUGUAUUCGGUGUGGACAGACGAGCAGCGUGCCAUGCUGAAUUUCAUCACAGAAGUGUGCACUUCUGGGAACUUGCGCGACUACAGAAAAAAGCACAAGCAGGUCUCCAUUAAGGCGCUCAAGAAAUGGUCCAAGCAAAUCCUGAGAGGGUUGGACUAUUUGCAUACUCAUGAACCAUGUGUUAUUCAUCGAGAUCUCAAUUGCAGCAACAUAUUCAUUAAUGGCAACAUCGGUGAGGUAAAAAUUGGUGAUUUGGGUUUUGCAACUAUUGUUGGGAAGAGUCGGAAUGCACAUUCUGUGCUUGGUACUCCAGAGUUCAUGGCACCAGAGCUAUAUGAUGAGGACUAUAAUGAACUGGUUGAUAUCUAUUCGUUUGGAAUGUGCGUGCUUGAAAUGGUGACCAAGGAACUACCCUAUAGCGAGUGUGAGAAUGUGGUUAAGAUAUAUAAGAAGGUUACUUCCGGAGUGAGACCUCAGGCCAUGGAAAAGAUUAAAGACCCCGAGGUUAAGGCUUUCAUUGAGAGGUGUCUCGGACAGCCCAGGUCAAGACCUUCGGCUGCUGAUCUUCUCCAGGACCCGUUCUUCAAUGGGAUCGGUGACAAUGAUGAUGGCGAUAAUGCAGACAAGAAUUCGAACAAGCCAAGCUGACUAUUGAUUGCAUGUUCUUUGAGGACAACUUGGCUAGGUCAGACAUUGCUGUUUCCUUUGCGUGUUGCUCUUGCUGCUGACUUUUUUUUUUUUGCAGUUUGGGCUUGUUGGCUUGUUCUUUCUUCUGUUAGGUUUCUUGUUUGUUUUGUUUUCUUUGUUCUGUUUUUGGUUUGGUGCAAAGUGAAGAAGGUAUUAAGUAGGGGAAGUAAUUUGUAGAUAGAAAUUGAUUUUGCAAAACUGCUACUUCAUUAUAGUAGUGGAAGGUUGA